AUGGCUGCCGCUGACGCCACCGCGGCUUCGAAACUGGCCUCUUAUUUCGCCAGGCUCAGUCCAGUUCCGGUGUUUCCAGAGUAUACCGGCCCGUACAAGGUCGGCACCGUCGAUGUCGAGAUCCCAACAACAGACUUGCACUCUCCUAGCCCGGCGCCCGCCAACGCCGUCGAUAUCCCAACGGUCCAGUUCCGGGUCUUUUAUCCUGCGGCUCCCGCGUCCGACGAGAAACGCAUCACCUGGCUGCCAAACCCUCAGAGGCAUCAUGUGUCUGCUUACACCAAGUUUGUUGGUGUCGGAUCAACCUUGGCAGAAAUCCUCUCAUUCUUACCUCGACAUCUUCACUAUACCACGAUCCCGGCUCACAAAAAUGCCGAGGCUGCUGAUUCCGAAACGAAACGAUGGCCGACGAUGAUCUUCUCCCACGGACUGGGCGGAGGACGAAAUUCGUAUUCCUACAUUGCUGGAUCGCUGGCAUCCCACGGUGUCGUCGUCUUCUGCCCCGAACAUCGCGACGGCAGCGCUGUCAUCUCCUUCAUCAGGCUAGCCAACUCUCCGGGUCGCUUCUUCUCCUCAGCCGCCCGUCGCAUCGUGCCUUACAAUCGAAUCGCGCACCAAGUCGCCCCGGGAGUCUAUGAGGCUCGUGAAGACCAACUGCGCGUUCGACUGUGGGAGCUUGGUCUCAUUCAUGACGCCAUCCUUGCGAUUGACGAGGGCAGGAAAUUUACCAACAUGAACCUGACCACACCAACGCUGAGGCAGUUCAUCGGUCGCCUCGAUGUCCACGACCCUGGUCGCAUUGUUUUUGGUGGACACAGCUUCGGUGCCGCCACCGUGCAUCAAUUUCUAAAAUGCAACUAUUACGCCGACCUUCCUCAAGUCGCCGCUAUGAAGAAUCCUCUCUUCACGCCCGCCAAGGACAGCAGCAUUCGAAAGCAAAUUACCGAGAAGACCGUCACAAUGCUCCUUGACAUGUGGUGCUUGCCUCUACUUGCACCUAAUUCAAAGCCGCUCUACGACCUUCCCUUGCCCGUGUACGCCGACGUGCCGUCUGCACCUGGCGGCACAGCUCUCCUUGCCGUCGAGUCGGAGACCUUCCACAACUGGACCGAGCAUCUACACGUCAAAGCCAAGCUCCUGUCGCCAGAUCCGACCUCCAAAACUGUUUCGCCGCAAUUGUUCGAGCGCCCCAGCGGCCGAAAGCUGCCCGAACCCAAUUUUUUCUACGUCGUCAACUCGGCACAUCUCAGCCAAUCCGAUUUCGGCAUUCUCUUCCCCUGGUUAACCAAGAAGAUCUUUGACGCCGAACAGCCAGAGCGCGCCUUGCGCCUAAAUCUCCGAGCGCAACUCCAACUGCUCCGAGCGAACGGUAUACCCGUUGCUCGCACGUAUGCAGGCGAUCUUAUUGACGGCGUCCACGUGGACAAGUUGAGUGCCAAGGACGGCCAGGUGCUGUCCACCGAGGAGGGAACCAGCGACGACAAGGCCAUAUUCGAUCGAAGCGCAAGUGACGGCGUCGACCACUGGAAGUGGAUUGACCUGAUUGGGCUGGGCGACUUUGAGGGCGAGAAUUUUGGCAAAACAGUCGAGCAGAGGGUGGAGGAAGCGGAGGAACAGAUGCAGGGCGAGCUGGAACCGAGCGAGAAUGAGGCUGUCCAGCCUGUGGUGCAGGCCUUGAGCGCUGCUGCAUGA